AUGUACGAAGCAAGCGAUGAAGAUGACUCCUAUCCGGAGGAUAACGCUACUGCAGCAUCCAAGAAGCUCCGAUCAACUAAUACUUCUACCCGAGCCCAUUUGCAGUCGUCGCGCGAGCAACUACCUUCUCCGGAGGCAAGCUCCGCUAAUGAUGGGCCCAUUUUGACGAGGAGAGCUUCCAACAGAAAAAGAAAAGGGUCUUCCAAAAAGCCAGCCAGGAAUCCCCCGCCCCGUCCGCAAAAAUGGACAAUCGCAAAUCCGAAUUGGGCUGUGAAUUGGCGGAAGGCAAUUGACUAUCCCCCUGGCCCUAGAAGCAACCUCACCACCACAAUUGACAAGAGAGAGAUUGAAAUGCUUGAUGAGGGCAGGUUCUUGAAUGACUCCCUGAUUAAUUUCUAUCUUGGUUGGCUACAGCGUAAACUCCAACAGGAGGACCCAGAAUUGGCUCGUCGAAUCUAUAUUCACAAUACUUUCUUUUACACUACUCUCACCCCCGGCAAUAAAGGCUUUAAUUAUAACGCUGUCAAACGGUGGACUAGGAAUAUUGACCUUCUAUCAUUCGAUUACAUUGUCGUACCAGUUAAUGACUUGGAAGAGAAUCAUUGGUAUCUUGCAAUUAUAUGCAACGCUCCUAAGCUCCUCCCAGACAAGCCAGAUUCUGAAGCCCCUGGGACUGUCGACAAUCCAAUCCAGCUCGAUAGUCCUGGUAACAGUGUCAACAACCUCAAGGAACCGCCUCUACCAAGCCCACCACUAGCAAAAACACCGGAGGUUGAAGUUAUCGACCUAGAGCCCGAUACUGACGUACCAAAACCCGAAGAACAAGACGAGCCUCCGAAACCAAAGCCACAGAGAAAACGCAGAGGUAAAGCACGCCGGAAAUACGACCCUACCAAGCCUAGAAUUAUUAUCUUAGACUCACUCGCGAAGAGUCGCUCGCCAGCUUCCACCAAUCUGAAGAAGUACUUGGUUGCCGAAAUUGCGGAAAGGAAGCAAAUUGAUGUCGUUCCACCGCGUGCUAUUGGGAUGUCAGCGGUCGGCAUCCCUAGACAGAACAACGGGUACGAUUGCGGUGUGUUCCUUCUCAGCUACGUUGAAGAGUUCCUUAAGCAACCCGAUGAAUUUUCCCGCCAAAUAUUGCAAGCUGAGGACCUCGAUAUGGAAUUCCAGAAGGCACCAGACCUACGUCGGACCAUUAGGGAUAUUCUUUUCAGUCUUCAGAGGUCAGUCGAGAUAAUCGAGAUACACUGA